AUGACAAGCAAUGGCAAACCAAAAUCCAUACUAAAAAACAAGCACGAGAAGUCUCCCGUGGCUAAAUCUUCAAAGGCAGUUCAGCGGAGUGGAAGUGCCUCAUUGGAAUCUUUAGAGGAUCAACGCGAAGAGGUAUACAGCUCAGACGAAGUAGAGGAAGGAUUAUCAGAUUUAGACGAGAAUGAUGAAGUGGACGUGGAGGUGGACGUGGCCGGAAUAUCGAGCGAGGAAGACUCAGACGAAGGAGAUAGUGACCAAGAUGGUGAUGCCUCAGAAGACAGGGAUGGGGCAGAGGAAGAGGAUGAUAGCUUCCCAUUAAAGAAGAAGCAAAAGAAGAAUAAAGAUGAUGGGUCAGAAUCUUUUGCUAAUGCAUUUAAUUCGAUUAUCAACUCCAAAUUGAAAGCAUACAACAGGAAGGAUCCGAUAUUGGCAAGGAAUAAAACUACCCUAAAGAAGCUCGAGAGUGAGAAAUUGGAAAACAAGGCCAAAAGAGCAUUACUCUUGGAAAAGAAACAGUUUCAAGAUAAGCAUAGAAUAAAACAGUUAUUGCCAGUUGCAGCAGAUGGUUCCGAUUCAAACCAGAUUAGGGAGAUUUUGGACAAGGAGAAACAAAUGAAAAAAAUUGCCCAAAAGGGAGUUGUCAAACUCUUCAAUGCUGUCUUGUCUACUCAACUCAAAACAAAUCAGGAAAUCGGUAAAGUACAUGCUGGACAGAGCCGAAAAGAAGAACUCAUGACUGAUGUUUCAAAGGAAAAAUUCAUGGAUUUGAUUGCAGCUGCGGACAAUAUUGUGCCAUAUAAAACAAAUGGUGAGCAAGAAUCAAGAAGCCUUCCACAGUCCAGUGAUGAGGAAUCGUUUAUCGAAAUUGUAACUAGACAAGCGUCGCAUGCAGAGUCAAUAAACCCACAUGAAGGCGACACUCUGCAAAUGGAACUGCACUCUCCUGAAAUUUUGAUGACUUCAAGAAACCCACCAAAAAAUCGAUGGAGGAUACUCUCGUGUAUAAUGUUCAAUUUUACUGGAGGUUUUGCUGAUGCCGCUCCUGGUGCCCUUUUGCCAUACAUUGAAGCCGCGUACAACAUCAACUAUGCCGUCACUUCGUGCAUUUGGGUUGGCAAUGCACUUGGCUUCAUUGUGGUGGCUUCGAUGUCGCACAAAAUCCAGCCAUGGUUGGGGAAAAAGUGGUGUUUCCCCGUAGGCAACUUGUGCAGCGUUAUCUUUUAUGCUUUGGUGUCUAGUGGUACAGUUUUCCCUGUUAUUGUUAUUGGAUUCUUUUUUGGUGGAUGUGGCUUUGCCAUGGUUGCAGCACAGUGCAACAUUUUUCUAAGUCGAUUGGACAAGCAGUCGACUUACUUGUCUUAUUACCAUGGUGGGUACGGAAUCGGUGCAACUGUAGCACCAUUGGUCGCAACGACUAUGGUGAAUAGAGGGAUUCCCUGGCACUACCUUUACUUGGUCUUGUUGGGAAUGAUGGUAAUAACUGGAUUCAAUUUGUUCUUCUCAUUUGAAGGAGCUGACGAAGAUUUAAAACCAUGGGACAACGACGAGCAUGAGGCGAUAGAAAUGACUGAUUUUGCAAACAGCCAAGCACCGCCAGCAGCAGGAGACGCAGCAUCGAAGCAACGCCUGGAAAUGAUUUUGGCUUUGCAAAACCACGUGACCUGGUUGAUUGCGUUUUUUUGCUUAUUCUACCAAGGAGCCGAAGUAUCGUUGGCUGGUUGGAUUGUUACAUAUUUACUCGACUACAGGCAUUCUAGUGAAAAGACAACUGGAUACGUUGCUUCUGGAUUAUGGGCGGGUUUGACAUUUGGGAGAUUAGUAUUGACUCGUCCAAUACACAAGUUCAUUGGAUUGAAGCGAGGCGUUAUCGUCAUAUCUGUUUUGUCAAUUGUAUUGAUUGGUUUAACAUGGAGUAUUCCAUUAUUCAUUCUUGAGGCUGUGUUGGUGUCAGUAGCAGGUGUCUUUAUUGGUCCCAAUUACCCACUAUUGGUUACAUUCAGUGCACAAAAGGGGCUAAUCCCUAGAAAGAUUCAAUUGGUAUCAUUGACUAUAAUGACAGCAUUUGGAUCUUCCGGGGGUGCUUUAUUCCCAUUCAUUGUUGGUUUGUUGUCUGAAAAAGUGGGGACAUUUGUUGUUUUGCCCGUUUUUAUCGCUUUGUAUACGUCAAUGACUAUACUUUGGUUAAUGUUGCCUAAUUUGGAGAGACAGGGAGAAGCAAAGGGUAAAUUUGCCUUUUUGAAUAGAAUUUGGUAA